AUGAAGGAAAGAAACAAUACCACAUAUGGUGGUAGCAAUACCUCAUAUUCAUCAAAAUCUUCAUCAUCAUCAUCAUCAUCAUCAUCAUCAUCGUCAAAAAUUACAUCAUCCUUUAGUUCAAUGUUUAAAUUUUCAAAUAAUUUAAGAGUAUCAGUUGCAUUGGUUCCAAUUAUAUUGUUACUUUUUUAUAUUGGUGGUAAAAAUACAAUUUAUAUAUCAACAUUUGCAAUAUUUUUAGUUUACAUUUCCGAAUAUUUAAAAUAUCAAUCAGUAUCAUUUGGUAUAAUAUGGAUUGGAUUAUUUUUAUCAUAUUUAAGUAUACUAUUUGAAGGUAUGAUUUUAGUACAGCAUUCAAUAAUUAAUGGAAUAUUGUUAUUGAACGUAGGGUUAGUUAUGGGUUUAAUUGGUGUUUGGAUUACAAUUCAGUUUUCAUGGUUCACACAAAAAUUUUCAUUUGCAUCCACUCUUUUGGAAAGAUUAUUAUUUGGUAAUACUAUUUAUCCAACUUCAGUGUUGUUAACAUGGGCAACAGUUGUUGUCAAUGGUAUCGAUUCAAGUCCAUUCUAUCUUCUUGGAUAUUUAUUCAUUUUAUUCUUUUUAUUUGGCUUACCACAAAAAUCAUUUAAAAUCAGAUCAACCAAACAAAUUAACUCGACUCAUGAUUUUGUAUUGGAUAGAUUGGAUUCAUGUCUAAUGACAUUAACAGUAUUGUUUUUCCCAUCAGGUUUAUAUUUUGCAAUUUAUCAUAAUGUAUUUUUCAAGUCUUUUAUUGAACAUAUUAUUAAUGUGAUGUUAUUAACAUCGUUAUCAAGUGUCUACAUAUUUGUACUAUCAAAAUAUGGUUCACUUUGGUGGUUAUUACCAAAUUAUUGGAACCAAAGAUUAAAUAUUCAAAAAUAUUCAGCUAGCACACCAGUUAAUAAUGAUUACAAUUAUCAACAACAAUUAAAAAAAGAAAAAGAAAACAAAUCCAUUUUAAAUUCAUCCUAUGGAGCAAUAUUUUCAAUUGGAAAGAUAUUUAAGGUUUUAUCAAUGAUAGUUUUAGUAGGAUGUGUUGAAUAUAGGGUAGUUUUUAAUUCACCAACAUUUUAUACAAUAGUUAAUCACCUUUCACCAAAAUUCGGUUUCCUAAUUGUCACAGUAGCUCUUUAUUCUUUCUCAGCGAUCUUUUAUUUUAUUUUUAUGGGUAUGGAGUCAAGUUUUGCUGCCACUACAAGUAGUAUUCCAGCAUACUAUCAACAUAUUAUUAGUUUAAUAGCAUGUUUAUUCAGUGUUGCCAUUUCGAUCUUAUUGUCAGCUCCAAUUUACAUGUAUCCAUUUGCAAUUAUUUCAUCAUAUUCAAUAAUUAAUUAUUUAUUUAAAAAGAAAUCAAAUAGUUAUUUAAUAUUUAUUGCUUCGACUUCAGUAUUUUUAAUUUGGUUUUUAAAUAGAAAUUAUUUCUUUAUUGAAUAUUACUUUGUAAAUUCGUAUCCAGUUUCAAAUUUAUCAAUUCAAAUGAUUUGUGCAUUUAUAUUUUCAUUAUUUGUCCUUUCAUUAUUAAUGUUAUCAACUAUUUCAUCACCAAUAUUCCCAUUGGUAUCAAUACUUCAAUCAAUAGUAUUAACAUUAUUAGAGGUUUCACUACAUUCAACAAAUUCAGCAAUUUAUCCAACUUAUUUUAUCAUUUUAUCAUCAUUAUUGGUAAUUUAUAUAAAUUCAAAGUUACUUGAAAAAAAUUUAGUUAGUAAUAGUAUUAUAAUGAUUUCAAAUUCAUUGAUGAUAUCUAAAGUUAUUGGUUUAAUAUUUACACCUUUAAAUGAAAAUAUUUUAGCAUGCUUUAUGUUUACAGUUUUAUUUUAUUCAAAUUACCAACCAAAAGAAUCAAUGGCAACUUCAGCAACAUGGAAUUUAAAUAAGAUAUCAAGCGGUUCAGCACCAGUAUCAACAGCAAAUAUAAUGCAACAGGCAUCUAAUAAACUCAAGGUUUCAUUAUAUACUCAAAUUGGGUUUUCUGCUAUAGUUUCAUUCAUUUUUAAUAAUCAAAUUACAUUACCAAUUUUAAAUUUAUUUUUAAAUAUAAAUUUGGAUUCUGUAUCAAGUGUAGUUCAGUUGUCAUCCUUCCUUUUUACUUUUGGUGUCGCCAUUAUCCCAAUUUGCUUCAAAUCUUCAUCACCAUUAAAGAAUUUAAAGAAUAUAAAUACCUUAAUUCUAUUAUUAUCAAUGUUAAUAUUAUUAUUUAAUCCAACUAUACAAUCGACAUCAACAUUCAAUAAAUCAAAUAUAAAUAAUAGUAAUGGUUUAUUAUGGACAAAUUGGUUACUAUUGUUAUCAAUUAUAAUUAUAGUUAUUGGGUUUGGGUUAAGAGUUUCCAUUUCAAAAUCAACAAAGUUAAAGUUAAUAUUCUCAUUUUCAUUUGGUCUAGUUAUCGGGGUUUAUGUUUGUUUAAAUUAUUUCCUAAAGCUUCAACAAGUUAGCAGCCGUUCAGAUUAUUACUAUAAAAAAAUUAUUAACAAUAAUAAGAAUAGUAAUAGAAGCGAAGUUGGUGAUGAAUUUGUAGAUUUACUAUUAAACUUUACAUUUAUUUUAUUGUUUAGUUUGGUAUCAUUCUUUUUCACACUUGCUCAAUGGCCAACAAACAAAUCUCCAAAACAUAUGCUUACCCUCUACUGCACAGGAUUGGUAAUCUUUGGUAUGAACUAUUAUUUAUUGGGUAUGAAGUAUUCAACAACUAGAAAUCAAAAUAUUUUAGAAACUACAAGAUUAUCAUUAAUGGGUUUAUAUGUGGGAUUAAAUUUAUUAAUAGCAAUCUAUAUGAAAUUCCAUAUUAGAGCAAGUGAAGGCAGUAAAUCUCAGUAUAAUUACCAAUCACCAAUCAAAAAAGAUAAACCAUCAACUUCAACUUAUGGUGAUAAGAAGUCAUUAUCAACAUUAAAUAAUUGGAUUUAUCAAGUCGGUAAUAUAGCUUGUAUAACAUCUUAUUUAGUGUCGGUGUAUAUUGGUUAUAGUAUGAAUUUCUCAGAGAAGGCAGUAUUCAUUUUAUCACCAAUUCUUUUAUUACUAUUUACAGAAAGAGGUUGGUUCAAGGUAUUAUCAGAAUCACAUCGUUAUCUUCCAAUGGUUGUCUCAGUAUCAUUAUUCCUCUUAUUUAGCUCAUUUACAUCGUUACUUUCACACGGCGUCAUCCAACCAUCAGAGUGGUCAAGAUUAUUUGGUUUAUCAAGCUCAAUAAUUAAAAUGUGGUGGAUAUUUAAAAAUUGGUUAUUAUUCCUUGCUACUGUACCAUCAAUAUUUUUUACAAUCAAAAAUCUUUUAAAACAGACUAUUACCCAAAAGCAGUUAUUUACAGAUACAACUCUUUUAAUAUUAAUUCCAUCCACAAUAUUAUCUACUUUAUUCUCUGAUAUAACUUCAAUUAAAUUAUUAUCUUUAAUUGGUUUAAUUGGAAUAUUUUAUAAUAUAAAAAAUAAAUUAUUAUUUAAUAAUAUAAAUAAUAAUAUUAAUUCUUUAUAA